AUGAACGAUUUUAUAAUAGAAGAUUUAGAGUUUGAUCUUGAAGAUAACGAGCUCAAAAUCAAUAUGGAAAAUAAGUAUUAUUUUGCUAAAGCGAUCAAGGAAGAAGAUCCAUUACGCGCAAUAGAAGAAUUUAAGCAAGUUAUUCUUUUGGAAACUACAAAAGGGAAUUGGGGAUUUCGUUCGCUAAAGCAAAUUAUGAAACUGCUAUUUAACUUGGGUUAUAAAUAUGAUAUGAUCAGAUAUUAUACGGAGCUUUUAACAUAUAGAAAAUCAGCAGUAACAAAGAAUUAUAGUGAAAAAUCUAUUUAUAAUAUUCUUGAUUAUAUUUCUUUGGAUAAUGACGUAGAAUUUAUGGAAGAAAUAUGUUCCAUAACUUUGAAUUCUCUUGAAGAAAUGGAAAAUGAACGUCUUUGGUUAAAAACGAAUUUAAAACUUGCAAAAUUAUGGUUAGAUAAGAAAGAAUAUAUACGUUUGAAUAAAAUUUUAAGCAAAUUGUACGAUAUUUGUGAAAAUUAUAAUGGAUCAGUAGACCAAUUAAAGGAAGUAUGUCUUCUUGAACUUUAUUCUUUGGAAAUACAAAUGUAUUCAGAAACAAAGAACAACAAAAGACUUAAGGAUUUGUACCAUAAAACUUUAAAAAUAAAAUCUGCAAAUAUAUACCCGUAUAUUAUGGGUGUUAUUAGAGAAUGUGGCGGAAAAAUGCACAUGGAUGAAAAACGGUGGGGAGAAGCUUUGACUGACUUUUUAGAGUCAUUCAAGAAUUAUGAUGAAGUAGAUUCUCCUCAUAAAAUUCGUGUAUUAAAAUAUUCAAUAUUGGCAAAUAUGUUAAACGGAUCUAAUAUUAAUUUAUUUAAUUCUCAAGAAAUGAAGCCUUAUAAAAGUGAUCCACAAUUUUUGGCAAUGGUAGAUUUAAUGAAUGCUUGUCAAAAAGGAGAUAUUCAAAAAAUUGAGCUUAUUCUUAAAAAGCAUCAUGAUGAAAUUAUGGAAGAUGCCUUUAUUCAAGUAUAUAUUGAUGAUAUUUUGCAAAAUAUUCGGUCCCAGAUUCUUGUACGUUUGAUAUUACCAUAUACCCAAAUCAAUAUUUCAUUUAUCGAAAAAGAAUUGAACGUUACUUCAACAGAAGUAGAAGCAUUACUGAUUAACUUGAUUUUGGACGAACGUAUUCAGGGGAAAAUUGACCAAGUUAAUCAAAUAUUAAAUUUAAAAGCAGAAGAAGAGUUGGAAGAAAAAAAAGAUGUUGCAAUUCUUGCUUUAGCUGAAAGUGUAAAUAAGUUAUGGAGACUUUGUUUAAAUUAUCGGUACUAA